AUCAUCACCAUCAGCAGUCAUGAUCUUCCCUUUUCUCCUGCUGGGUCUUGCCUGCCUUCAGUCAUUCACAAUGGCCUUAUAUGAAAUGAGACCAGAGAAAUGCUGUUACAGUUACCAGAAGAGUCAAAUCCCUGUAAAAUUCAUUACAGCGUAUGAAGAAACAGAACUUCGGUGUGCACAGCCUGGAGUCAUCUUUCUCCUAAAGAACGGCUAUCAGAUGUGUGCAAAUCCUGAAGACGGGUGGGUGAAGAAGCACAAGAAAACAAUCGACCAGCGCGAGUUUAAAAACCUGUCUUAAACUCAGCCGAGUGUUUAAAUCCUCUCUCCGUUAAUAAGUAUUUUUUAAUCAUAGUUAAACUUUUGUUUGAAUUAGUCCUGCACUGUUUAGCUGAAUUACACUGGAGGCUAUGAGGAUGAAUUAAUUAUAUCUUUAUACCUAAGAAAGGACAUUAACUUGCAUAUUAUGAUGAUGUUUCUAUUUGUUUGAUCACAUUUUCACCUUUUAAAAGAAAACUUGUGAAACGUCGGCCACCUUCAAAGAGAUUAAAAUGUUCAUGACAUCUUUG